AUGAUGGAGAAAUUGACGACCACCGCAUUUCAGAAGGAACAUUUGGAGAAGCAGCAGAAUCCAGAUGAGGAAAGGUUAGUUAACAUUUUUUUGGUUAUGACGUGGAAAACAUUUAAUUGGGAUUGAAGAACAUUCUCAUAAUUUCAAAAUUGUAGACUUCUCAAAAUUCUAAAGCUCAAAAUUCUGAAGCUCAAAAAAACAAAUCCUGAAGCUCAAAAUUUAAAGCUCCAAAUCUUUAAGCUGGAAAAUCUGAAACUUAGAAUCUGCAGCUCAAAAUUUGAAGCUCAGAAUCCUGAAGUUCAGAAUCCUAAAGCUCAGAAUCUGAUGCUCAGAAUCCUGAAGUUCUCUAUCUGAAGCUCCAAAUCUGAAUCUUCAAAUCUGAAACUUAGAGUCUGCAGCUCAAAAUCUGAAGCUCCAAAUCUGAAUCUUAAAACUAUUGGGCUUUUAAAAUUCAUGAAUCACUUUAACCGUUUUUUUUUCCUGAUUUAUGAUUCCUAAGCUUGACAAUUUCCCAGACAUCGUGAGAAACUAGACUCUAGUUUACCAACCCCGAUCUGAAAAUUAGGCUAACUCAAACUCAAAGAACAAAAAAAAACAAUUUUUUUCCAGCGACUGGAUUUUGACGUCAAUAAUUUCCAUCGGCUGCCUGCUCUUCCUCAUUAUCGCAAUUAAGUUGUGCUAUAAUUAUUCGAGAAAGUUUCCGGAGCAGAAGAAUGUGAGUUUUUAAAAAUUGCUAUUUUUUGGAAAAAGUUCAUUUUUUCUGGAAUUCAAAUUUCAGGACCCAGAAGAGUUGGCGAAUCUCAACGUUCACGGAAUUUCGUUUAAAGGCACACGAGGAGUCAGAUAUUCUGUUGCCUAG